GAAAACAUCUUUUAAUACGCUAUUCCUAUUUUUCUUAUUUCAUGUCCAUUUGGCAAAAGUUUCUGACCUUGACUUUUGUGCACCGGCAAUUUAUUUCUGAGUAAUUCAUCUAGUUUAUCAAGUUACCUAAAAAGAUCAUUUUUAUUUAAAAUGAUUCGGAAAUUUUUGUUAAUAAUAACUUUAGUUACGUCUCCAAUUUAUGGAGCAUCUUUAGAAAGUGUCGAUGAAACCGAUUUACUUCAUAUGAUAAAAGGAGAAAACCCGGUUGUCGUGUUAUUUACAAAAAAUAAUUGUGCCGCUUGUGAAAAAUACGAAGUUGCUAUCGAAAACCUUCAAGUUGAUUUGAAAGAAAAUCUUAAUGCCGAUGUUGUUAAAAUAUCAAAUAGUCCAAUGGUAAGUAUUUACGAUCCAACAAAAGAACCGGCAUUGAUCAUGUUCCGAAAAGGAAUUCCGUUACUCUACCACGGAAAUGUAAAUGAGGACGAAAUAUUAAUGCAUUUUUCUGAGAAUCGUGAACCGGUUGCCAAAGAACUAUCUGAUGCAAAUUUUGAACAUUUAACGCAAGCAGCAACAGGUGCUACAACAGGUGAUUGGUUCAUAUUCUUCUAUUCAUCAGAAUGUGUUCCGUGUCAGAGACUUUACGCUAUAUGGGAAGCUGUUGCAGCAAAUUUAAAAAGCCGAAUGAAUGUUGCUCGAGUUAAUAGAAAAGAAUCUGGAAUUGCAACCGCAAAAAGAUUCAAAAUUGAAAAAGCUCCCGAAUUUAUAUUCAUUCGUCAAGGUAAAUUUUAUCGAUACAAAUCUAGCGAAUACACACCAAAAGAUUUGAUUAAAUUUGCGGAACAAGGGUACGCUAAAGAAGUUUCUGCAGAAACCGUUCCAGCUGUUAAUGAUCCAAUGGCUGAUAUUGUAUCUCUUGUAAAAGAAUUCAUAGCUGCGAACCCCAAUCUUGUAAUAUAUGGCGCUCUUGGACUUGCUAUAAUUUUAGUAGGUGUAAAUUGUGCCCUAUUUCUUACAAAGAAAAAGAAAACUAAAGAUGACCAAAAAUCAAAAAAGAAAUAGUGGCCAAACUAAGCAGAAACAAAAUUGAUUUAUCAAAAUUUAAGUGUAAUAAUCUAUGCAUUCCUUAAAGUGACUGACAAUAUUGCCUAAUUUUCUUUAUACAUUUUUAACUUUUUUAUGUAUUUAAUAAUUUUUUGAAUUUUUAAUUAAUAAACCAAAUUACGAUGCAAAACAGGA